ACUUCUCGUAAUACUUUGUUGUUGCAUCACGGAGACCGAUUAACGUUCGCCUGAGUGGCGGAAAAUAUCAAAGUGAGACGGUAAUACAAUGAAAAGAGAGAGAGAGAGAGAGACGGAAUAAGACGCAAUUGACGAUAUUAAUCGCUUCGGAAACGAUUGUCAAUCCGUCGAAAACGCUGUUGUGCGAACUACGGGGGUUGCUAAAAUCGAAACAUAGUUCCAUGAUCGAAGUGCAAGAGAGCAAAUGACACGCUUCAAAGCGUUUGUAGCGUUACUUGGACCGCGCAGGUGUCGCCGUGUGUGCGCAACGCCCGGAGAAUGGCAAUCCGCCACUGACAUCAAUCGACACACUGCCGUUGACCACCACUGACUACAUGUGUGCAUACAGCGUGUCGGAAAAAGUCGUUCGUAAUAACAAUAUACACGUAUCUCUUGGAGAAUGACGCAUGCACGCGUCAACUGACAAAUUAAUCGACAAUGACGUUACGCGUCUUCCGUGCCAGACAGUUUGUAUAAUAGUAGUUGAUCGACGCCUAUCGAUCGCGCGGUCUCACCGCCAAUUCCCCCGUUCCGCGCAAACGUGAGAUGUGAAAGGAAAGAAAGAACAAACACAGAGAUAAGUCACGCGAGUUUUGAUUUACCUGUCCGGCCGUGCUCUGAAUUCUCUUUGAAACAGGCCGCGGCAAAAACAUGGAGGAAGGCGUCGCGGAAGGUUCGAGCAGCAAUCUCACCAGAUCCGAGGACGAGAUAGCUCUUCAAGGAUGCUGCAGUCCGAAAAAGACGCCUUACCGAUUUCUGGGCCUGGCGCUUAUGUGUCUUCUCGGAUUUGGAUCUUAUUUCUGCUUUGAUAAUCCUGGAGCAUUACAAGAACAUUUUAAAGAUGACUUAGACAUGUCUACUAGCACAUUUGUUCUGCUAUAUUCUAUAUAUUCGUGGCCAAAUGUUAUCCUCUGCUUUAUUGGUGGAUUUUUACUGGAUAGUAUCUUUGGAAUUCGACUGGGUACUAUGAUAUACAUGGGACUCACACUGAUUGGUCAGAUUAUUUUUGCGAGCGGUGCCAUGUUAAAUGCUUUUUGGCUAAUGAUGUUAGGUCGAUUUGUCUUCGGAAUUGGUGCAGAAUCUUUGGCAGUUGCACAGAACAGUUACGCAGUUCUUUGGUUUAAAGGUAAAGAAUUAAACAUGGUGUUCGGAUUACAGUUGAGUUUUGCGCGAGUAGGAUCAACUGUAAACUUUUUGGUAAUGGAACCGAUCUACAAUUAUGUAUCCCAGUACUACAAAGGCCCACAGUGCAUUGGCAUAGUUCUUUUUCUCGCGGCUGUCACUUGCGUGAUGUCAAUGAUAUGCGCCUGUGUGCUGGCAUUUAUGGACAAACGUGCAGAGAGGCUGUUGAGACGAGGAGAGGGACAGGAACCCCAAACUGUUAGUCUAAAAGACGUCAAAGAUUUCAAGCCGAUAUUUUGGCUGAUUGCGGUUAUUUGCAUUGCUUAUUAUGUUGCUAUAUUUCCCUUUAUUGCUUUGGGAAAAGUGUUUUUCGAACGGAAGUACGAAUACGAUCCAUCCUCUGCAAAUACAGUGAAUUCUCUUGUGUAUUCAAUAUCUGCAGUAGCGUCGCCUCUCCUGGGCUAUUUAGUAGAUAGAACGGGCAAAAACGUUUCCUGGGUAUUUAUUAGUAUUUGCGUGACCAUUCUUGCGCACGGAUUACUCGCAUUUACUUAUUUAAAUCCAUAUGCGUGUAUGGUUCUUAUGGGGCUUGCAUAUUCUAUGCUUGCUAGUAGUUUGUGGCCUUUGAUCGCUCUCGUCACACCAGAGCAUCAACUUGGCACUGCUUAUGGAAUAGCGCAGUCUGUACAAAACUUAGGUCUUGCCGUAGUCUCAAUGGUAGCCGGUAUAAUCGUUGACGAAGUGGGAUAUCUAAUGCUUGAAAUGUUUUUCCUCGGUUGGCUUUGGGUGUCGCUGAUAACUACUGGCGCAAUCUGGGUGUCAGAUAUAGCAACAAGUGGCGGUUAUCUGAACAUGACGCCGGGACAAAGGGAACGAUAUGAGUCACUGCAGUGCACGCCCGAAAGUUUGGAGCGAGAAAAACUGUUGUCAGAAUGCACGUCAGAUUUUUCCGCAGAUAGUCUCAUGCAACCACAAUCUGACAUUAGUAUACGAAAUCGUUAUUUAUCUCGCAUUGGCGCAAUGGUUCCGGUACAUGCGAUAACACCAAUUCAUCGACCACUGCGAUGAUGUACUCGUUUUAGUUAUAAAUUCAUGAUUGAACUAGAUGUGUAAAAGAGCUUUUAAAUCUUAUCGAGGUUUGCGAUUGUGUCUUCCUAUUAAAUAUAGCUUCAGCUGUGAUAAUUUCUUAA